AUGGCGUCGACAAGUCACUCCGGUGUCAACUAUGGAGCCCAGGUGGGAAUCAAUUAUGGCACAUACACGGCAGAUUUUCAUCUGCCACCGGAGCGGCCAGAAAUUCCGCCGAGCCCUUUGUCAACUGUGCCAUUCCCACGCGAUCCAGAUUUUGUCCGUCGCGAGACACUGCUUGAUCAGAUCUACAGUAAGAACUCGGUUGCGGGGUCAAGGAUAGCGCUGAUUGGCCUCGGUGGUGUUGGAAAAUCGCAACUUGCGAUCGAAUACUCCUACCAAGUCCGAUCCAAAUCACCGGCAACAUGGGUUUUCUGGGUCCAUGCGAGUAAUGAAGCCCGAUUCGAGCAAAGUUUCCGGGACAUCGCGGACCAGGUUAAAAUGCCGGGUCGUCAAGAUGCUAAAGUUAACAUAUUCAAAAUGGUCGAAAACUGGCUCCGCGAUGAAAAGAUAGGAAAUUGGGUUUGUAUCCUUGAUAAUGUCGAUGACGAUCAGCUUAUUUGCUCGGUUCCGGUGGCAGGCAACGGAGAUCCUAUGAGCGGCUCAACGAACGCCUCGACAAAACCACUCUUACAAUACGUUCCUAGAAGCCAAAAUGGGUCUGUCAUCAUCACGAGCCGGACUAGAGAGGUUGCGUUGAAGAUGGUCCAUCACAGCGACCUUGUUGAGGUUAAACCCAUGGAAAAGUCCGAAGCGCUAGAGCUUCUCCAAAAAAAGCUUGAACAACCAGGAGAGAGCCAAGAGAGUCGGCAGUUAGUGGAAGCGUUAGAGUCCAUGCCGCUAGCGAUCGUACAGGCCGCUAGCUAUAUUCGAAACCGGGCGCCUCGGUUUUCGGUAUCACAAUAUUUGAAACAUUUCCUAGGGAGUGACCGUGAAGCAACAAAACUUUUGAAAAAAGAGGCGUGUCACCUCUACCGGGACUGGGAAGCAAAGAAUUCAAUUUUGGUGACGUGGCAAAUAUCGUUUGAUUAUAUACGCCAAACAAAGCCGUCAGCAGCGCAGUUGCUUUCUCUGAUGAGCUUUUUCGAUCGGCAAGGAAUACCAGACAAUCUUAUCCGGGAUCGGCCUAAGGGCAACUGCAUAUCAAAUUCGGAACUUCUAAGUGACUCCAGUGACGGGGAGACAUCUGAUUCUGAUUCAGGUCCCGAUUUUGAAGAUGACGUCGCAACACUUAGGGCCUAUUCAUUUAUAUCUGUCGUUGAAAACAGCACUCUCUUUACGAUGCAUCGACUAGUGCAAUUGAGUACGCGUACGUGGUUGGAAUCCCAUGGACGAGCAGAGCAGUGGAGGGAGAAGUUCAUUGGCAAUUUGUGUCACAACUUCCCGACCGGCGAAUACGAAAAUUGGGAACAAUGCCGGUCACUGUUUCCUCAUGUCAAAACCGCAAUGUCACAACGACCAGAAUCACUUGAGACUCUGCGGAAAUGGGCUACUUUGCUCUACAGAGGUGCGUGGUAUGCCUUGGAAAGCGGGAAUAUUGCGGAAUCAAGGGAAAUGGCAUCGAGAUCGAGCAAGGAGAGGUUGAAGGAUUUCGGCGCAGAGAAUCAAGAGACUCUCGAUAGCACUACGAUUUUAGCAAUAGCCCAUCGACUCGAGGGGCGAUGGGAGCACGCGGAACAACUUGAGAUGCAGGUGAUGGAGACUUACAAGGCGAAGCUUGGUGCUGGCCAUCCCGACACUCUGAGAAGUAUGGGAAACUUAGCGUCGACUUAUAGGAAGCAAGGUCGGUGGGAGGAAGCAGAGCAGCUCUUGAUGCAGGUGAUGGAGAAUUAUGAGUCGGAGCUCGGCAUGGACCAUCCUGAUACACUGAUGAUCAUGGCCAACCUUGCAGCAACAUAUAGAAAGCAGGGAAGGUGGGACGAGGCGGAGCAGCUUGAAGUGCAGGUGAUAAUGUCUCGCGAGACAAAGCUUGGUGUGGAGCAUCCCUCCACGUUAACGAGCAUAGGCAACCUGGCAUCGACGCUCUGGAAUAAGGGCCGAUGGGAGGAGGCCGAGCUGCUCUUUGCACAGGUGAUGGAAACUUGUAAGACGAGGCUUGGUGAGGACCAUCCUGAGACUCUGGCCAGUAAGGGUAACUUGGCAUCGACAUUCUGGAGCCAAGGCCGGUGGGAGGAGGCAGAGCAACUCUUUAUGCAGGUGAUAGAGACUUGCAAGGCGAAACUCGGCGGGGAUCACCCGGAUACGCUGAAGAGUAUGGCCAACCUGGCAUCGACGUAUAGGAAACAGGGCCGAUGGGAAAAGGCACAGCAGCUCGAGGUGCAGAUGAUGGAGACUUGCAAGAAAAAACUCGGCGAGGACCAUCCCUCUACGCUGACGAGUAUGGCCAACCUAGCCUUCACUUCGAAAUGGGCAGGUCAAAAUCUCUUCGCUAUUGAUUUAUUAAGAACCUGUGUGACGAAGCAACGACAAAUCAUUGGUCUUGCCCAUCCUCACACUGUAUCCAAUUUCAAUGCCUUGGUGGAAUGGGAAAUGGAGGGGCUGAACUUUGAUACAUGA